AAUUCUUUGUCCGAUGUUGCAACGAUUGCGACACCAUGUUGGACGUCUAUGGUAUCGAUACAACAGAGCACUUGCAACUCGACCUCUCCCUGUGAAAGUUGUCACAUCUACCGUGGGUCUUGCUCUAGGUGAUGUGAUUGCUCAACUACCUCUCAUGUACGAGGGUGAGCGAUGGGAUGUGUUGCGAACGUUGCGUUUUUCUUCAUUCGGGCUAGUCGUCCAUGGUCCUCUGUCUCAUGUUUGGUAUCAGUUUUUGGACAAGCACAUACUAGCUACAGCACCCAAAUCAUUUCGUGCAGUUGUAGCGAAGACUAUGAUGGAUCAACUGUUAUGGGCACCUGUCUUCACUAGUGUUUUUUUUGCCUAUUUAAAGGCUGCUCAAGGGAACUGGGGAGAUAUCAUUCCGGAAAUACGACACAAACUGUGGCCUACUUUAAAGGUGAAUUGGUUGGUAUGGCCAGCAGCACAUAUCUUCAAUUUUAGGUUUGUUCCUGAUUCUCAGCGAGUUUUGUAUGUCAACAUCAUUGCAUUGGGUUACAACGCCUUUCUUUCUUCGAUGGCAGCAACAAAAAAGGUAUCGGAUCCACUACAAGUCAUUGCAAGACAACGUGAAACUCAAUAAAACUAUUUUUUUAAUUUCAAGU